AUGAACAAGACACGGAUCCCCUCUAUAAGCCUCAAAAGGGCACGGGAGUGCGGCGAGGUGGACUCGCAGCCGCCUCGGUAUAAAAGGGCGUCCGGGAAAAGCCCAUUGGCGGAAAUCACGAACACGGCGUCGUCGUCGCCGCACAUAUCCGAGGACAAGAUGUUGUCGACGAAGUCGAUGUUCGGGUCGAGCGGGCAGAGCUCGCGCUUGAUGAACAAGUACUACUACGGGGAUCCGCGGGUGAUCGAGGAGGUGAAGCGGCGAGAGCGCAAGGUAAUGAAGGAUAUCCAGCAUUUCAAGAAGAGCAUCGAGGAGGUGGAGCGGGACAUGAAGACGAUGGUGGAGGAGUCGAUCCCGGGGUUGCGGUAUACGCUGAGCAAGAAGGCGGCCGUGUACAAGGAUCUCCGGGUGGAGACAGCGCAGGUGACGGCUCGUUUAGACCUGCUCGCGAACAAGUGUGGCGUGAUGCGCGCGAACACCGAGCUUGCACUCAACAACAUCACGCUGGAACAGCAGGUAGAGGUGCAGAACCUGGAAAACGAGCUCGACAGGCGUAUCAACGCGCUACGCGAGGAGUGGGAGCUGAAACUCCUUUCUCUGGAGAAGUUCAAGCCGAACGACGAUCUUGUCAAGGAAAUCGAAGGGUUGAAGCAGGAGCUGAACAAGGAACAGAAGACGUGGGACAGGUUACAACGCGAAAACGAGGAAAAACGCAAGGAGUUCGAGCUGAUCUUGGAACAGGACUUUUUGCGGUUUAAAGAGGAGAAGUUAUCCUUGUACGAGGAUCUAACUGAGAAACGGGAGCAUUUAUUCCAGGAGAAAAACAAGAAGCAGCUAGAGCUGAAACAAUUGCACAGCAUUGUUGAGCAGCACCGCAGGGAAAAAGCGGAACUAGCUAUCGAUAUACAGGCUAUCACGGAAGAGAUAGUGCAUUAUGAGCAGCAGCUCAAGCCGUCGCAGGCUAGGUUACAGCAAUUAAAGGAACAACUAAAUACAGAGGUGCAUGAAACAGAAGAGAUUAGAAAAAAAGCCAGCGCUGCAGAACAGGAGUACAAUACUUUGUAUGAUAAAAUGGAGGAUGAGCAGCUUAGCCGAAGAAGGAUUGAAAACACCAUCGAAGAACUCAGAGGAAACAUACGUGUAUUUGCAUACGUCAGUGAUGCUUCGGUGCCAUACACCAUCGAUUACGCAUCGAAGACCAUUACUGUCGGCUCAGCCAAGCAGUACUGUUUUGAUCGGUUGAUCCCAAAGGAGCUGGUACCUUUACAAGAGCUUUUGGAACAGGAAUGUCAGGCGUACAUGGACAUGUGCCUUCAGAAUCAGUAUGAUAGCAGUGUGAUUUCAUUGCAGCAGGAAAACGACCACUCCAUCAGGAACACUUUUAUCGGCUGGAUGUUGUCUCAAAAGCACAAGCGCAUCAACUUCCAGUGCGUCGUUUUGUCUGAGAACUCGCCUUCCGUCGAUUUGCUUCUCCGGAAACGCUUGAGCGGUGAGACCAAUCGGGAAAUCAAAGUGACUCUUGAUAAUAAAUCUGUGUUAUUCGAAUCUACGUCAAUCUUAGUUGAAUCAGGGGGCAGUGCCGAAGACAUAAUCAAGCAGCUAGGAACUGACUAUAAUAAAGAGGGUAUACUGAUACUCAAGUUCCAGAUAUGGGGGGAAAAUGAAACCUCGACGGACGUGUAUUUCAUCGAGGUCACGCCUCCCGCAUACAACUGCUUACAUAGCACCGGCUCCGCUGGCUCCACCGGCUCUUCCUUCGGAUCAUCCCGUAUUGGUGCGAUACUACGAAGCCUAUUAAUGCACACCAAGCCGCUAUUAUUGCUAACUCUUACACAAGAGAACUCUCUAUUGUUGGAUAUCUCGCAACAGAUCGGUCAACGGGAAAAACAACAGCCUGCAUGA